CGUCGAAACAAAUUCCUUCCGCCUUGCCAUCUCCAUCAAUUUGCCCCUCCUGUGAAUCCUCGCCGGCCGAUUAGCGAGCCUCACCACCCGCCACCUUUAUCAACGCGGUUUCAAGUUAUUGCCUCCACGACAUUUUACGGUCUGGUGGAUGCUUCGAGGGCAUGUCUGACGGUGUCGGUCUUCUUUGGUCUUUCUUUCGAACAGGCGGACUUCAUAGCACCUUCUUUACGGUGACAAUCUCGCGGCGGCCAAUCCGAAUAAUAUAUACUGGGAAUGUUGGAACGGGUGGCCGUCCACCAUUUGGAGUCCAGUGGUCUACGUCUUUUGCGGGGUGGACGGCCACGGAAGCGGACGCUCCACACGGCGUUUUGGAUGCACGGCGGCGUUGAACUCGAUAUUGCGGCCGCGGCGGCAAGUUUGGUUGGUGGUAGUAGUGGGGGUUGUAGUGCGGGGGAACAGGAGGAAGCGGCAUUGCCGGAAUCGACAAUAUCACCACCACAACGCACCGGUAUCUCGCGGAGACGGGCGGAUCUCAUUCCAUUGGACUUUCUUUACCCAUCGGGCGCUCUAGCUUUUCUCGGGCAUCUCAGCAAGGCUCUUCCCCGGCGCGAACCGGUGUUUUCGCUGAGUGGCAGCAAAAGAGAAUACUCUUCUGCGGCGCAGCCUGUGCCGCCGCCUGUGCUGCCGCAAGCGCCUUCUCAUCCGGAGAAUCAGAAGCCAUUACGACCUCCACUGGUGGACGACCGACUCCCGCAUCCGGGAGAUAAAUACACCAACUUCAAGCAAUUCAUGAACACUGCACCGGCUGGACAGUACGAAUCUGCGUGGUAUCACUACUGCAAUGACCGGCGAAAACUUGAGUGGCUAAUGAGGGGACCAAUCUUGGAUACACCGGAAAAACGCCACGAAACGAGGACACUGCAAGCGGACAGGAGGCGAUGGAUGGCCAGUUAUUUGCUUGCAUCCAGUCAUCGGCAGGAAUGGACUCGUGCACUUUCUAUGGUAAAUUCCUUGAAAGUGCGUCACCGGGCAUACUCGGACUACGAGAUUCUUGUGAAGUGUUUUUUGCGCGUGGGUGACCCGAACGGGGCAUAUCAGAUUCUGGAGGAAGGCGUGCAACAGCUUCCACUGGCGCGCGAUAUCGGGUUCGAAGUUUUUAUGAGGCAUCAUAUCAUGCUCGAGAGAUGGGACAUGGUGAUGAAGGCAUGGGAGUUGCUGCGAGGCUUCCAGGAGCGCGCAGUGGGCGCGAAAGAUCGGCGAAGGGAACUUAAUACGACUGCACUACCUUCACUCGGGAACCCGGACGGUGCGGAAACAGUUAUUCGGAAGGUCAUUCACUUUGUCGAGAAGGUUGCUAAACCAGAAGACCCGGAAUACGACAUACUCGAAGGAGAGCUCGCGGAAGAUCUUUUAAAAGGCUGCCUCUCGUAUGUCACUCGACCGCACGCCAAAUGGACCCGGUUGUGGGAAGAAAUCUGGAGCCUCAUCGAAUCGCGAGGAUGGCUCAUAACGAAGUCUUCUUUUGAGCGAGCAGUCGCAUAUCUUGCUGGAGUUAAGCAAGACGCUUUGGCGACGAAGUGGUACUUUGCUUUCCGAGAGCGCGGCCCGGAAUUCAUCCCUGUGGACAUCAUGAAUAAAAUUCUCCGCUGCUUUGCAAGGUUGCAAGACUACGAUGGAAUGCAACAGGUCUUCGACGAUAUUUACGUUUUUUCGGCAGAGCGAGCACCAAGCCGGGUGUCUUACUCGAUUUUGAUGGCAGCAGUCGCGAAACGCGGAGACGCGGCUGCAGUACACAGCAUUCUCCUGCAGUCACUCGAACAACACGCUCCGGAAAGUCCUCAAGAAAUCAACCACAUUAUGCAAUCAUAUGUAGAGCGGGGAGAGAUUCAUAAUGCCAUUAUGUGGUUUGAGCGCAUAUCGGAUAUGUAUGGGUUAAAGCCGGAUAUAAUCAGCUACAACACCUUGAUCAAUGCUUAUAGCAGAGCGGGAGAUGUGGAUGGGGCUGCACUGCGGGUGCAGGAGAUGCUUGAUAAGGGUAUCAAGCCAGAUCGAUGGACGUAUAACAUCCUUUUGAAUAUGUGCGGGAGUCGUGGCGAUAUCGCCGGCGCAGAGAAUAUAUUCGACAUGAUUGUACAGAGCGGAUACGAGCCAGAUUCGUACUCCUAUCAAGCGCUGAUUACUGCUUAUGUUACCGCCAAAGAGCUAGAUAAGGCCGAAGCACUAUUGGGCCACAUCGCCGAACUAAAUCCGGUCGCGAAGUCGACGCCGAUCUGGAAUACCAUCAUUGCGGCGCACGCGGCGAAGGGAAACGAUGCAAGAGUUUCCCAGAUCUUUCAGAUGAUGAGCGAGAAGGAAGUUCCAUUUGACUACUACACCUAUGGAAUCGUCAUGCACUCCCUAUGCGUUGCUGGAAGGAUGGAAUCUGCGGAGGAGACCCUCCAGUUUAUCAAGGACUCGGAUUUCCAUAUCAGCUCCGACAAGUAUGCUAUCCUCAUGGUUGGGUACACUCGGUUAGGCGAUUUCCGGAAGGUGUGGGAGACGUUCCAGAGGAUGUUGAACGACGGUCUCAAAGCUGAUUUCAACACCCUUGCCGUGUUGCUCAAGUCGUAUGCGCAUGCCGAAGUCGAAGAGUUUGCAGAUCUUGAGGGCGACAUUGUACACCUUUUGUCCACGGAGAAGAUCCUGGAUGAGGCCACGAACGAACCAGUCACAUUGGACCUAAACUCGUUCAGUAACGUCAAAACAGCCACGCCGCCGUGGCUGUUCACUCCACUUAUCAAUGUAUAUUUCAAAAAGUCAGCAUGGGACCGCGCUAUCGACGUCUUCAACCGUUUCCUCAAGAUCUCUUCGACCCAGAAAUACGGCUCGCCACCAAACCUGCAGAUGUACAAAGCCAUGAUGCAAGUGUACCGUGCAGGAGGAGACAUCGAAGGCGUACGGUCAAUGUGGCAAGGACUUCGAUCCACCGCUAUCCAUUUCCACAAAUCUAUUGAUCUCCGCCGCGCUGGCCGCAAAGCUAUCAUGGAGCCAUAUCGCCUUGAUCUCUGCGGUGCACUGUCGAUCCUGAUUCGCGGGAUGGCAGACAUCAAGGACAUCAAAGCCAUCGAGCUGGAGAUCGAGUCCCUGCAGAAGGCCGGAUACGAGCUCGACAACGUCAACUGGAACGACUAUGUCCAGGCCCUGAUCCUCACUGGCGAACUCAAGAAGGCCGUCAUGGUCUGCGAGAAGAACCUCAUGAAGUACUGGAAGGAGCUCCGGUUGUAUUUCUUCUACUCGGAUGUGACGAUGCGCGGUGGUGAGGGCGGAGUGAUGCCACCGGUCCGUCCGUUCAUCCGGACCAUCGAAGCUAUCGGAACGGAGCUGAAGCGUCUGGACGAACGACGCAAGGCCGGAGACGACGAGGCGAAGGCGCAGCUGGUAGCGGUUUUUAGAGAUGCCCCGACGACAUGGGAGGCGUGCGAUGGCCUCGAGGAUAUGGAGAGCAGAGCGAGCAAGGAGAUGGUGUUCCGGUUGCAGCGGAAGAGCAGGAGCGGGGAGGGCGACAGGAAUGUCUAUUAGGUAAGCUUGUAUUACUAGUUAAGUUAGAGGUCUACAUAUAGGGGCAUAGAAGGGUGUUUUGUGGUGUUUUGCAUGCGUGUUUGUUGGUAACGGUGGGUGAUGGGUGGGGAUGUUGUGGGGUAUUUCAUGAUAUGAUUAUGCAUCGUUAUGGUUUGUUUUCGUUUUGCUCUAUCCUGGUUGUUUGGUUUGUUUACUAUGUGAUUAUGGAUUGUUAUGUAUUAUUGGUGUAAAAUAGGACCGUCGGAGAAUGAAGUUGGGAAAAGGAUGCCUCGGCUCUUGUCUGUUUUUUCCCCCAUCAUACUCGCAGUCAGGCUAUGUAUGUAUCCAG